CUUAAAUGUAUCUGUCAGCCCCAGAUCAAAAGUGUUGUAUAUAUUCGAUAGAUUUUGGUGUUUCCUGUGUGAUAGAGUCACGAUUGUACGUGACUUGACGUGGCCACGAUGAACUCCAAUCGUCGAAAUGGAAAACCUGCAUCCUGUGAACCUUGUAGGAAGAACAAAACUCGAUGUGAUCACACUUAUCCAAAAUGCGAUCGGUGUCACCAACGCGGCAUCCCAGAAAAAUGUUUUUAUCAUCCAGCUCCGUUGACUCGAAAACGUGACUCGCCAGAUGCGGAUACACAGCGGCCUGGGGCCUCACAUAGUUCGCGUGUGCAAAAACAAAGGCGGAUAUCGAGAAGAUCCCCUGACACCGUGCUCUCGGAUUGGGAAUCUUCUAUCCUUCCAACGCCGACUGUGUCUCAAGACGAUGGCCUAAACGAUGCAGUUGGAGAACCAGCAUAUCGCCCUGGCUACCUUGGACCAACUAGCUACGAGGCAAUCUUGCCUAGGUACGACGAAUCAUCACAGCAGCAAGACCGUCACAUGUCGGACGAGACUGAAGACAUAGAUGAGCGGUCAUCCAUCCAGCACCCUUUGACCAAAGCCAUGCGCAUGACGAUGGCUAUGGAAGUAUUGAGAAGUUUGCGCCAUUACGAACUAAUCUGCAUUCUGGUACGCGCAUACUGGAAGCACUGUCAAGCUGGCAUUGUCCCUGCACCUCUUUGCCUUACGGCUCUUGAUGGCUUGAGAGAAACAGUAGAGAAGUACGACCUCACUCAGAAGCGACCGUCUGCCGAACUUAUCAAUCUGGCUCUUGAAAACACCGCAAAACCUCUUGACAUGCCUUCUGAUAUACGUGCACACGAUUUCUACAAGCUCAUCACUGGCGACAACUUACGAUUCGAGAUCCUAGGUUUUCUAUUCGCAACAGCGGGUCGAUCAUGGCUAUGGGGAAUAUCCGAACCCCAGCUCCUGGCGAACUACACACAGAAAGACCGAAAUCAAUUCUGUGACGAGAUGCUGAAGUCUAGUACUACUUGUCUCAUCCUGGGCACCCUAAUCUCCCCUGCCAACGACUGCAUGAUCUGGACCUUUCAUGAGAAUGUGCUGUAUACGAUGAUGAUGUGCGGAUUCACUGGACCUCCUGCCUGGCGCAGACUUGGUGAACUGGCAACUCAGAUAUUUGCCCUCGGCGCGCAUCGAGAACAGAAGAACUCCAAACUCCCAAUGUUCAUCCUCGAGACCAGACGCAGGUUAUUCGGGGGUGCGUAUAACAUUGACAAGAUAACAUCGACGUUCCUCGGCCGUCCACUCAGGAUCUCCAAACGGCACUCUGACAGUAAACCUCCUCUGGAUCUCUCCGAUGACGAUCUCUGUUCUGAUCCAGCUACCCUCGCCAGAGCAAUUGGUAAUCUUGACGAAAAUGGCUGGAACACGCAGGGCCGCUAUCACCGCGCAUCCUGGAUUCGACUUCGGUACAUGUCAGGACAGUUUCGAGAAGAGAUCCUCGAUUUCACAUUAGCAAAACUAGAUUCAAACGUAGAACAGCAACUCCUUGCUAUCUCGGAUAGAAUACGAUCAUCGUGGGACACCGUCCCUCUACAUCUGAAAUAUCAUUCCAGAUGCUGGGAUGACGAAGAGUUCCCAUACAGCGUCAGCCUCAUGCUUGUUGUAGUCUACCUCACUCACUUCUACAACGAGUUCAUGAUACAAAAGCUCAUCGACCACCAGCCAAACGCUUUCAACGUCGCUCUUCUCCAAGUCAGCUUCGACUUAUUAUCAAACUGUCUCGCCAUCGAAAAGACACGCGAUAGAUCCUACGACGUGUACCGCGAUUUUAUGCAGACGGUCCUGGUUUUCGGCAUCCCCAGCGCCUCCGUUCUCGCAAGCGCCCUUCAGGAACAACAUCGUACCGGUCAACCCUUCCCGCCCACUAUUUCUCGCGCCACAGUGAUUCGCAAGUUGUCAGUUCUCAUCUCGCACCUCGAAUCCGCCUCACAUAUGGACUUUUCUGGCCUCAGGCGCGGCGACGGAAACUACAAUCUCUGUCGGAAAGCAGCAAAGAGCUUCACAAGAGUCAUUGACACAGUCCUGCAACCAAGCAAUGGACCUGUCACGAUUAAUGGGGAAGCAAGCACGCCCGUAGGCAUCGUGAUAGGGGAGAAUGGAGCGGAAUUGAGUCCCGAUUUGCCGUUAGACAUGUUUGGUGCGCCGGGACUGAAUGGGUUCGAAGGGAUGGAUGCGCUGGGAGGGGCUUCACUGUUCGACGGCGUCGAUUGGAACACCGUCGGGGAAUGGUCCUUCUAACGCUCAACCCACCGCACAUAUCAAGUCAAACAAAGUCUUCACAAAUACUCUUCAAAUGUAUAUAAUUCAAUAGUAGUACAUAUAUCAAUAGCACAUACACUUAGCAAC